UGAAUCGUAUUAAAUAAAAAAAAAUUAAAGAAUACACCAUGAUGAAGUCGAACUCAAAAUUUUUAAAUUUAAGCUUUAAUCGAUCUACUACCUAGCGAAUGCUAUAAAUCCUUGAUUCAUGACUGUCAAAAAAAAAAAAAAAUCAUUGAUUCAUGAAUGAAGAAAUUGUUGACUGUCACGGUUCCUAAUGGUUUUAGGCUGUAGUGCAUCUUCAAUAAUUCUUUAUCUUCAGUUGGGAUAACCUUAUCCACAGACAAAAAGACAAAAUCACUCUCUCUCCAAAUUUCUUUACCAACUGCCAUGUCUUCUUCAGCAGCACACGACUCCUUGCCAGCGAAGUGAGCAAAAAUGGAAGCCAUAAUAAAUUCUUUUCAUCACUUACCACACAGAAAUUUCACCACCAAAUUCAGCCAGCUAAAAGCUGCUGCAGCGUGUGUUGAGACUUCCCCUCCGCCAGAGACAUUGUCGAACGUUUCUUCACUAAGCAAGUUGAAGUUGAAUCCAGCCAAAGCAAGGCAUGCGCACAUCAUAAAAAUGCCAAAUCAGCAAGAUUCAGACAUCAAGGUGCAGUCUCUGAUCACAUCAUAUUUGGAGCUCGGAGAUUUCCACUCUGCAGCCAUGCUGUUCUUCGUUGGUUUGGAGCAGAACUACUUGCACUGGAACACUUUCUUCCAGGAGUUCAAGAAUAAAGGUGGAGACCCCAUUGAGAUUCUUCAAGUUUUUGUUGAAUUACACAAUAUCGGAGUGGUUUUUGGGAGUGAAAAUCUGGCCAUGCUUCUCAAAAUGUGUGCAAAACUGAGGGAUUCCUGGCUAGGUCUGGAGAUUCAUGUCUGUUUAAUCAAGAGAGGCUUUGAUCAAGAUAUGCAUGCGAAAGCAGCAUUGAUGAACUUCUAUGAGUGCUGGGGUUCAGAUUCGGCAAAAGGGCGUUCGAUUGAAGCGUCAGAUCAGACUUCGUUGCUGUGGAAUGAAGCUGUUUUGGUGGCUUUAAGGAAUGGGGAAUGGUUUGAGGGUAUAGAUGUCUUUCGACAUUCGCAGUUUUCAUCCAUGAAGAUCACCAGCAAUACUUUCACCAUUGCUAGGGUUCUUCAAGCUUGUGGAAGAUAGGAGCUCUUGAUGAGGGGGAAGCAGAUACAUGGAUACAUCCUGAGAAACGCAAUGGAAUCGGAUUUAGCGAUAUGCAACUCACUGAUCUUAAUGUACUCCAAAAAUGGCAGUGUUGAACAAGCAAGAGCUGUAUUUGAUCUAAUGCAAAAUCGAAACCUAUCUACGUGGAACUCAAUCAUAUCUGGUUAUGCAGCAUAUGGUUAUCUUGAAGAUGCAUGGGAGCUAUUGCAUGAAAUGGAAACUUACAAUCUUAAGCCAGACACCGUCACUUGGAACACCCUUCUAUCUGGGCACCUUCAUCAUGGAUCAUACCAAGAAGUGCUCAACAUCUUACAGCAUAUGCAGAACGCAGGUUUUAAGCCGAACAACAGAUCCGUAACCAUUCUUCAAGCUGCGAGUGAAGAUCCAUUACCAAUACAUUGGAAGGAAAUUCAUUGCUAUGUCAUAAGAAAUGGGCUCGAUUCUGAUAUUCAUGUAGUGACUUCAUUGCUAGACAUGUAUGUGAAGAAUGAUGACUUAAAUAGUGCUCAAACUGUUUUUGAUGGCAUGGAGUGUAGAAACAUCUUUGCUUGGAAUGCGAUGAUUUCUGGAUAUUCAUUCAGGGGGGAUUUUGAGAAAGCUGCGAGUCUCAUGAGUCAUUUGAAGGGAGAGGGAGUCAGACCUGAUUUAGUGACAUAUAACAGCAUGGUGUCGGGGCUACUCAAUGGCGGGGCGAAUUGAUGAGCCCUCGACAUGAUGAAGCAAAUCAAGGAUUCAGGGCUAAGCCCCAAUGUGGUGUCAUGGACUGCUCUUAUAUCAGGCAGUUGCCAAAACGGAUACCACAGACACGCGCUCGACUUCUGCUACCAGAUGCAAGCGGAAGGUGUGAAGCCAAACUCAGCUACUAGUGCAAGCUUAUGUAGAGCUUGUGCAGGCUUGUCUCUACUGCAGAGGGGGAAAAGAGCGCAUUGCAUUAGUAUAAGAAAUGGCUAUGUAGAAGAUGCGUUUGUGUGUACAUCACUCAUCGACACGUAUAGCAAGUGUGGCGAUUUAGAGAGUGCUUACAGCAUUUUCCGGGCAACUGAGAGAAAAACAUUAGCUUCUUGGAACUCCAUGAUAAUGGGAUUUUCGUCAUAUGGCCAUGGGAAGAAGGCGAUCUCUUUGUUCCACAUAAUGCAGCAAGCGAAGAAACUACAGCCAGAUGCCAUAACCAUGACAGCUCUGCUCAGGUGCAAGCAUUCUGGUUUGAUUGAUGAAGGGUGGAGAUUCUUCGACAGCAUGGAGACGAAAUACGGGAUAAACCCAACCAUUCAACACUACUCCUGCAUGGUGGAUCUUCUUGCAAGGGCAGGAUAUCUUGAUGAAGCAUGGGAUUUCAUCAGUCAGAUGCCAGUAGAGCCCGAUUCAGGGUCUGGGGGCGCGAUUCUUGGAUCUUGUCGAACCCAUGGCAGCCUCCAGCUGGGAGAGAUUGCCGCAAGACAACUCUUCAAGUUAGAACCAAGAAAUCCUGCUAACUAUGUGUUGCUGAUGAACAUGAUUGCAGCUUCAGAAAGAUGGGAUGAUGUAGACAGGGUCAGAGAUUUGAUGGAACGUCGCUCUCUGAAAAUAGGAAACGUCUGGAGCUGGAUAGAAAUGAACAACACCGUUCAUGUUUUUUCUGCAUCAGGGAAGCCACAUCAAGAAGAUGAGGAGGUCUACUUUGAACUGUAUCAUCUAGUAUCUGAAAUCAAGGGCAAUGGAUACUUACCAGACACCAAAUGUGUACAUCUGUACACCGAUGACAAGGGGGAGAAGGAGAAGGCACUGCUUUCUCAUACAGAAAGAGCAAUCACAUUUGGCCUGAUCAAAACAAAGACCAACACACCAGUCAGGGUCAUCAAGAAUACAACAAUUUGUGGAGACUGUCAUACCUUUGCUGAUACACUUCCUUGGCAAGAAAGCGCGAGAUCAUCCCUCAAAGACGGCAUUCGAUUUCACCAUUAAGAAGGCAAGUGUUCCUGCAGAGAGUUGUUGUGAUGAAAGCAUGUAACUUUCAACUUAAGAGAGCGUGAUAGUCAUCGCUGUAUAUAGAUUACAUCACUGAAUAUACAAAUUCUUUGCAUCUUUUUUGAGAUUAUGACAAUAUAUCAUUCCUUCCUUU